UUGAUUAAACAACGUAUUAUUUAUUAUCACGACAUCCCGCCUUUUUCACAAAGAUCGCAGCCAAUCCGUGUGCAGGGAAUUUUCGUGGAAGUGACGUUUUUAAAUGUUCGCCUAACAAUCGAAGAGGGAAAAGCGUCUGCAGAACAGAGAUGUUUUCAUCAAGCUUGCGCAGAUUUAAAGGAAAUAACGGAUUUUGAAAUGUUAUCCUAUCUCGUACAUAUGCGAACGGUGUAUGAGAACAAUGGCAGAAUCUGAACUUUACAUGCUAUGUGAUGAUGAGGACCUGGCCCCAUGUCAGAAUAUUGCAGAAAACACAGACACACAGUGUAGCACAGCCCAAAUUGGAAAUACUGCACCUUCAUCAGCAGCACAAACUGAGGGCACCUCCUCUAAAGACACAUUGGCUGCUGCUGACAUCACACAUCAAGCUGUGCCUUUGGCUAAUGCUCCUGCAGUUACAGUAAUGUCUAAUGUCGUCCAGCCAAACGGAGCAGCCGGCCAAACCAUCUACAUUUCGACACAGAAUAAUCCAGGUCAGCCUCUUGCAAGUCCACCGGGUUUGGGGACAUCACUUAGUUACAUCUUGAAUGGACAGCCCAUUACUUUUCUGACUGCUGCUCAAGGACAACAGGUACUUUCUCCACGGUUGGUUACUACAGGGAAUUCAACACAGCCUGUGUCCUCUGGAAACGUCUCUAGUAUGCAGAUCCCGGUCACCCUUACGCUCAGCAACUCUUCAAACGUACAGAGCAUCUCUUCAGUGACCCCAGGGAUGAGCUCUGCUAGCAUGACAUCCUCAAGCCUCCAACCAAACACAACUACAGGAGCGAGAUUUAAGGUCAUAAAGGUCCACAAGUUUAAUGGUGGACCCAUAGCAUCUAAAACUCCUGGUCAAGUAGUGAAUCCACCUGGUCAGCCCACCAAAGCCAUUGCCUUUGGUGCACAAACACCGACCACGAGACCCCAAGCACAAAACCAAGCCCCACAACCUGCCACAGCAACUAAUGUAUUCAAAAAAGGCUCCAAUAUUCCAGCCGCCUGUGUCCGCUGUAGAUAUAAAUACCAAAGGAGUGAAUCCCUCCGUGGAUACUUCUGUCAAUGCAAUCAAGAGCUUAUUGGAAGUAUGUGGCGACUGAAAUCCAAGGCUUUAAAAACAAAGGGCCAGAGUGACAAAUCACACCUAAAACCCUCCACGUUGGAGACUCCCGUGUCUUUCUCCAAAUCUUCACAAUCUUCGCUCAAGCACAUCACAGCUUCUGAGAUACCCGCGGGAAUGCCUAGUCCAGGCUCUGGGGAUUUCGAUAACCAGGGAAGACUGAUCAUGUUAGUUGAUGACUUCUUCUAUGGGCAGCGCGACGGCAUAACCUCCUAUGUACAAUCCAUAACGGAGACCAUCAUAAUGAAGUGCCAACUGUGUGACAAGAGACUGAUGGGCAACAUCAAGCUGAUGAACCACAUGAGACACCACAUGGAAUUGGAGCACCUGUCUGGAGCGAUGGAUACUCAUACCAUGUGCCAGCAUUGCUUCAGACACUUCUCGACACCUUUACGUCUACAAUGUCAUCUUGAGACAGUCCAUAGCCGAGUGGAGUCUUCGAAAGUGUGUAAGAUCUGCGAGUGGUCUUUUGAUAAUGAGCCUCUUUUUCUGAAUCACAUGAAACAUGCACACAAACCUGGCGAGAUGCCCUACAUGUGCCAGGUGUGCGAGUUCCGCUCUUCUAUCUUCCAAGACGUUGUUAGCCACUUCACAGAGCAACAUAAGAACACCUGCAUUUUACUGUGUAUCUACUGCCUUAAAGUGUUUAAGUCGUGCAACGCCUACCAAGAGCACUACCUUAAACAUCAGAAGAAAUCGGUGUUGCCUUGUGACAAAUGCCGGCUUCAGUUUCUUUUUCCGAAAGAAAAGAUUGAACACAAACACAGACUUCACAGGACAUGUGUCAAACCCCAGCAGUUGCAGGGCCUCAAACCCGGCACUAAGGUCAUCAUUCGAGCUUAUGCCCUGAAUCAGGAUCCUGUCAGCCCUGACAAAAAUGAUGUAGAAGCAACCCAGACGGGUGUGGGAAAGCAUUCCUCAAACCCUUCAACAACUCGAGUACCACAAAAUGUCACCAAUACAGUAAUUCCUAUAAAGAAAAAGCCAGUGGAAAACAUGGUGGAGCUGAUGGUAAAAUUUCAAAGCCAAUACAAUCUAUUAGAAAAACAGUUCUGCAUAGAAUGCAGCUAUGAGAUACCAAGUUUUUCCAACCAUUUUCCAACUUACGUGCGCUGUUCCCUCUGCCGAUACUGCACCUGCUGUUGUAGAGCGUAUGCCGAUCACAUGAUCAGUGUACAUGUUCCUCGCAAAAGCACCAGGAAAUAUAUCACCCUGUACAAAUCCUGCCCAAAGAGGGGGCGUCUAAGCUGUACCAACUGUAAAUACAAAACCCAGAUUGGAGAUUGGAUGGCCAAGCAUCUUGCUGAAUUUCCAACACAUCGUGCAAGCCAGUGCACACUGCGUGAAGGAUUUUCACGUGGUUUCAAAAGAUUUGUCUUCAUCCCAACGGACUUGCUCAAAGGUGGUCAAAGACUCAACAACAGAACGCUUCUGCCUUUGAAAGUUAACCAAGUGGACAAAACAGGAUCAAAUCCUCCCUCCUCUCGUAAACUCCUACCUCGACCCACCUACAUCAUAACCCUCCCUGCUGGUCCCGCCCAACCAUCUUUCUUUCCCAUUCAAGUUCAGCCUUUAAAACCAAGUGCUGUUCCAAACCAAAACUCUGAGGCAAAGCAAGCUGCACCAAAACCCAUUCUGAAUGAAGAAUCUUCUGAAAUGAACCAGAUUCGUUCAGGAAAGACACAUACUCUACCCCAGCUGAAAGUUAUGCUGUACGCUCUUUGCUGCGGGGUUCCACAGGCCGCGAUUCAAUUCGACACUAAGCCGGAAGAAGUCCAGUCCUUGCUUCUGAAACGAAAACAUCAGCUUGAGCGUUUGAGAAUCAGGGGAGGCUUGACUACACCGGGAGCUGACAGGUUAAUUGAUUGGGUGCUAUGCCAGCGUGAGCAACAGCUGCCUAUUAGUGAAGCUAACCUGUUCAGCAAGGCCUCAGAGUUCAUGGGCAUAAAUGGUAUGCCAAACAUCUCUUAUGACUGGGUGGUUGAUUUCCUACUGCGCUACGAUCUUGGCUUGCAGGCAUAUGCCACAUCCAGGAAAAUGUUGCCACAAAGGACUCUGGAGCUUGUACGUUCCUGCAACAGAUUUCUAAACCAUCAAAUCACCUAUCAAAGAUUUAGGCUGGGUGGUAUUGGCACCAUGGAUGAGCUCUCUAUCUUUAUAGACAUGGAGCAGUUAGAUGGAGCCUCUGCAGAUUCGUCUACCAUGAUAUCUGCUUUUAAGUUGAUGGGCACCUCAGCUCCACUGAUUGAUGUUGUGUUCACAGCCUUGUAUGAUGGUACGGUACUGUCCACCAUGCUUUUCCUUCGAGGUGAACCUCUUAGUCCAAAUGCACCAUGCUUGCCUGACUACAUCACCCUGGAGGCUCGUCCAGAGGGGUUCACAAAUGAAGAAAGACUUGAACUUUGGUUGAACAAGGUAUGGCGCCCACACCUAAACCCCAGUUCUGGAGGUAAGGGAAUACUGAUAAUGGACAGCUACAAAGGACACAUGGCUGAUGAUUUCUUGGCAGCGCUCAACAGUGCUAAUACCCUGCCAGGUACGAUCCCUCGCGGUAGCUCUCGUCGUCUACAGCCCCUGGAGGCCUGCGUGGGUCCGGUGUUACGCGAGUAUCUGCAAGCUUGCUGGAGUCAGCACGUGACAUUGGCACCACAAGAACUGGUUGGAGCGAAGCCUGCUGACUUGGCUCGUCUUCUCUCAGGUUGGAUCACUGAGAUACUUGAUAUUCUGAGAGCAGAUCCAAAGCUGCUUUUUCACUCUUUUCAUCAGGUUUUGAGCACAAACUCGGAGGCAAUAUCUGAGGAGCCUUCAGAGCUGGUGCGGAGUCUUACAGCAGCUCUUUUGGCCAGUAAAUUGCAAGAAGAUGAAGCUAGGCAACAGUCGGCAAUUUUUUCUCAACAAAAUGCUUCCCCCGGUGUCGGUUCUCCAAAAUCUGUGCCCUCUCCGUCAGCCAGCAUCCUUGCAUUGAAAAGGAUCUUUGAGAAGGACAGUGACGUAGAGUCAUUCCUUGGUUUUGAGGAUACAGAAAUGAUAGAUCAUUAAGUUCUUUAGGAAUGGAAUAGUAUUUCUUUAGUGGCCAGGUUUUUUACGUGCCUUCUUUGAAUUUGUAAUUAAUGUUUUAUUUUUUGUCGGAUCAAAUGGUCAAAACAUUAUAACAUGAAAAUAGAUUGCUUGAACGUGUUAGUAUGGUUGCAUAUGUAAAUAUUUGUUGGUCUCAUGGAUAAGGUUUCUGGUAAAUACCGUAGUGUUGGUCUUUUUAAUUACUGACAUGUGUUACAGCUUGUUAAACCUCCCAGUUUAAUAUAACUUUUUUCAGUUUGAUCUGUUGUCAGAAUGUGCAUAGAUGUAAAUGAUUUGAAAUCAUAUUGUCUGCUGUAUCUAGUAUUGUACCAUAUUAACAAAUUUGAAUACUUAUAAAUAAACAUUUUCAUAGGUAUAUAAUUUAA